AAAUUGUAUGUUAUGUGCAUGUAUUUUGUAAUAUUGACUCACAAAUUUUGCAUGAAUUCCGUCCUGUAACAUUUGUGUCCUGGUGCAUGAAGUACAUGAAGUUAAGCUAUGGACGAGCAGUCAAUAUUAAAUUUUCUUCAAACAUUAGAAACAGAUGAAACUCUUCCUCAAAAUCAGAAGCUAAAACUCAUUAAAAGUGCGCUAAAUGUGACAACUUCAACAGCUUCUCAAGCAGGUGGCGACUCCUCGACUGCAAGUAUUCUGCUGAAACAAGCAUUGGAUAAAUUUGCUCUGGAAUUGGGUGACCUCAAAGGUAGAAGUCUAGGCAAACAAGGAAAACUGAAAAUUGGUUCGAGUUCCAAAAUGGUGACAAAUAGUUUCGGCGAUGGUCGACCCAAAACACUGAUGAAGAUGGACGCAGGGUGCUCGCCUAGAGAGAGUUUGUUGAACAAAGGCAGGGUGCCCACUUUUUUAGUCGAAUGGCAAAUGUCUACACAUGUCUUCACUUAGCAUUUUUAGUCUACUUUUGAACUGUGAUUUUCGAUGUUGAGUUAGUAUAACUUCAAUUCUCAAUUUUUGUAGAUUUCUGAGUCAAACUUAGAUCUUAUUUAAAACAUUGCUUAGACGAAAGGUUUUGAGGAAAGAAAUCAUGUUUAAGAAAAAAACUACAGUUUACGUAGUCAUCACAUUGAUCUGAAAAAAUCAAUUGGCAAAAUCUAGAUGCGAAAUAGAAGAAAAAAGUAGAUGCCGGUGGUUUUAUCUUUUACGAAGUGGUAGCUCUGAUCAAAGGUCAAGGGGUGAACAAUAGAGGUGAGGGUAGUAGCAGCGGUAUUAACAAGUACGACAUGUUUGGAGCUCAUCACAAUCAGGGCAGGAAGAUGACAGCAGUGAACAGUCAUCUACAGACUGUGUCUGACAUGUUCCAUGAUGUGAAGAUGAUUGCGCAGAGACGCAGUGACAUGGAGCUACAGCAGUUCCUGCAGGAGCUUGAGGAUGCUGUAAGUAUGCUUCCCACAAUCGUAGACAAAAAGAUGUUCGACAACGAAAUGAAGUUUUCAGUUGCGCCGCUGCAGAAACAGAACGAGGACUUGAAAAGGGAGAUACAGAAACUGGCGGAAGAAAUGGAACAAAUGGAAAUACUGCACAAAGAAAUGAUGGAGUCCAAGAAACGAGAAGUUUUGGCUCUAAAGGAAACCCACAAAGAGCAAUCGGGUAGUGAGAAAAUUUUGAUCAAUAAAUUAAAGGCGUCAAAGCACAUUUUGGAAGGUGAUUGCGAUAGAUUAAAUGCAGAAAUAAACCAAUUAGAAAAACAGAUCAGUGAUCAGAAAAGACAUAUGCUGGAAUGUUCUAGAAGCUUCAACGAUGAAUUGAAAAGUAUAAGAGCAGAGAUAGACGUGGCCUUAACUGAAGUUCAACGACAGAAAGCAAAGUUAAAUGCAGCGGAGAGAGAAUCAGUCGCAAAAGAUGAUCAAAUCAAGAGUUUGAAAGAGUUUAUUAAUAAGCAACAGAGGCAGCUUAAUGAUGCAAAUAAAGAGAAUCAGUCACUGCGCGAACAGCUGAACCGAAGCCCGACAGUCAUUAGCGACGAUGAUUACAAUGAACCGGGUUACUUUCAACCCCCGCCAAGAAUGCCCCCACCGCAAGUCAGGGGUGUUUAUACGCAACCAACUGUUGCAGCACCAGCAAUGAUGCAAAAUAGGCAGCAAGGAAAAGGAAACUCGACUCAAGUGACAGAUAAUCAUAACUCGCGGUCGAACGAUAAUCAUAAUCACAAUCACUCUACACAUAACCAACACCAGAACGCUCAACUGCACGUUAAAGUCAAUGUUCAUGGUCAUAACAAUAACAAUAACCAUAUUGGUAAGCCAAAUAAUACUAGCUUUAAUAAUAGUAAUUCUAACGCAAGUAGGAACCCUAAUACAUCUGUUGCCUCCAAAGUUAAUUCGAACCCGCCUCAGAGAAGUAAAACUCCGAAUCAAAAUCAGCAUGAGAAUUUGAGACCGAAGACGGUUCCAGCUCCUGUGCAUGUCCAUGGUAAUGCAAACGCUCCUACGAUACCACGCUCUAGAUCGAAGACUCCUCCAGGGCUAAAACCGAAGGUUAAGCAAAACAACAUGAAAUCAUCCGAGGGAAUCGGAGCUUUCGUUAACAUGAAGACCUCGGAAACUCAAGACUCAGGGAUGAUCACGGAUCCGGAACCUUCCCAGGCACAACAGCAGAACCAGAACACAGGUCAGAAGCAGCCGUUUGACAAAACCAUUCAGAUAGUUAGUACUCCACUUGGGAACUAUCGGAUAAUUGGAGGCGGUAAAGUCGAUGGUAAUUUAAUCUACCCUCAGCCAGCUAUGAAAUACCACGCGCCCAUAAAGCCAAUGAAUGUUGUGUACAAUGCAGCUUGUAACAGCCAACAUACCCAAGGAAGCAAUACUGUUACUAAUAGUCAAUCUGGGCACGGUGAAAACAUGGCGAUAAUGACGGGAUCCUCGCACCACUUUGGACAAAGCGCUAUGAAUUCUUCGUUGCCAUAUAGCAAACCGACUAUCGUUGCAAGUAAACCACUGUAUGGGAACCAUAACAACGAAUUGGGAGGGACAUUGAAUUCAGGGAUGGGUGGGUCGUCAAUGUAUCGGAAGCCUUAUUACCAGUCGUCAAUAUCUGCAUUAGGCGACAUAUCCAGUGCUACUGCAAGUUUGCUUGGGAAGCAUUCAAUGUAUAACAACUUAUUGCCUCCACCGUCAAUGGGUGACGUUGCAAUGUCAUCAGCUGCGUCAACCUAUCCUGACUUAAAAUCACGAGGUGUUCUAGGAAAGUACCGGAAUUCGGUCAGAGACGCAGACGACAUGCUGACAACGUUUAAUGAAAACGGCGACGCAAGUAUAAAAGAAUUGAAAAAUCUUAUAUCAUCAGGUAUGACCCAGCAAACAUCCAAUCAGAGCAUUUCGCAGUCGCUUAGUAAUUAUGGAAUGUCGUCGCAGUUUAAUAAUAACUCAGCAUACCAGCAGCAUAAUUUUUCGAUGCCUGAGAGUCGGUAUACAACUGGAUCAAGAAUGGACACCUUAUUUUCACGCCCAGAUAACCGAGUGGUUAAUAGUUAUAACAUGGGUCCUAUUCCAGAGGAAGGGUCCUCCUUUAACACAGGUGAAAUUGCGCCCCACAGUAUGGCCAGUCAGAAUAACGACAAGUCUAGUCAAAAUCGUAAUGUUUCUGUAAGCAGUGUUCAAAAUCAACCCAAUGAAAUGCAAAUGCAACGAGCGAUUGAAGUUCAGCCUGAUAAGGCGUCGGAAGCAGCGGUAGUCAAUGUUAUGAUGCAGCAAACGAGGCCAAGGAAGUUGAUCGGAAUGAGUUCCGACUUCUCUUUUAAUGGAACCACGGAUGAAGUUGAAAUGAAACAGCUCAACGACACACCAGGAGCACCUCGCAACACCAGUUUUGUGCCAAAUCCUUUCGUGGUGAACCCGAUGCCUCCCUCAACUAGUAUUGUGGGCCAUGUUGAUGUUCCAGAACUAGAUCUGGCUACAAACCCAGAUAGAGCUGCUACUAAAGGAGCGCCUCAGAAGGCUGUCGGCACCUCGGAAGCGAGCAGUGUUCCGCAGGGAAAUAUAGACGCCCAUCUAGCACAUCACAACGAUAAAGUACAAGCGGAUUUGAAAGCGUUGGAUAAAGAUAUAAUGAAGUUGCAGAAUAGUAUUCAUACAUUGCUUUCGGCUCAGUAAAUUUACUCGAUUUUGACGAAACGAUUGUUAAU